AUGGAUUGGAAGGAGAGAGCUGCUGGUAGUCUUCCCGUGGAAAGGGAAUUCUUCCAUUCAUUACGGUUUGAGAAAGCGUACGAGCCAUUCACGCUCACGGGAACUCAGGUCCUGCUGCUGGUGGCCAGCGAGACAGGGCACGUCUACACGUUCGCCACGCGUAAGCUGCAGCCCAUGAUCACCAGCGAGACGGGCAAAGCUCUGAUCCAAACCUGCCUGAACUCCCCGGACUCUCCGCCGCGCUCCGACCCGUCCACGGACCAGCGCAUGAGUGCCACGGGCUUCGAGGAGACCGACCUCACAUACCAGGUGUCCGAAUCCGAGAGUCUGGGAGAAACCAAGGACGCUCUGAAGCCGGUGUUCACUGUGGCCAGCGUCGCCAGCAGCAGCACUCCACCCACCGUCAGCGGGAACGGAGCCAACGGCACACUGCUGAAGAGCGCAGGACUCAUGCAGCUGCCCGCAGGAUUCACCUUCAUGUCAGGCUCUCCGUUUGCUCCCGGGACUCCUGCAAUUUCUCUCGGUCAGAGCAUCACAGCGUCCUCGUCACCGCAGGGUCAGCAGGCCGUGUUCCGUCUGCCGGCCGCCGUCUCGCUCACCGGUGGAGCGAUGCCGCAGCAGCUCCAGUCCAGCUCCAUCAGCACCAGCUCCAGCAGUCCGGAGAUCUCUCAGAGCAGCACAGCCUCCACAGAUUUGCAGAAGUGUUUUUGA